AUGAACAGUCUGAUUGAGUUUCUAUCACUUUUGUUCUUCUUUUAUUUACUUUGUUUAGCUAAACAUACAAACUUCAUCAGUGACUAUGCUGCUUUGAUGGCAUUUAAAUCGAGCCUUCGAUUGGAACCUCACAACAUUUUGUCCACAAAUUGGAGCUCAGACACACACUACUACAGCUGGUAUGUAGUUUCAUGCUUGCACCAGAGAGUUGUAGCUUUGCAACUUCCUAAUUUGGACAUUCAAGGCAGAGUUUCUUCAGAAAUUGCUAACUUGACUCAACUUGCUCUUCUUGACCUUAGUAGCAAUGACUUGAAUGGCAAUUUACCAAGUGAAUUAGGCUUCUUGCAAAAGCUGAAACUUCUUAAUGUUACUGGGAAUUCUCUUGAUGGAACCAUUCCUCUGAAUAUAAGCCGUUGUCGUUUACUGCAACAACUUCAUUUAUCAGAUAACAUGAUCAAAGGAAGCAUACCUCAAGAACUUGGCCUUUUAAGUCAACGUAGAAUUUUGCGUCUCAACGACAAUAAUCUGACAGGAAAGAUUCCAUCUUUAUUAGGGAACUUAUCAAAACCUGGAAUAUUUUUAUCUGCAUGA